AUGCAAUUAAAGUUGUUCACAUUUUUGGCGAUUUGCGCGAUCGCUGCGUCUUCGGAAGAUGAAGAAUUUUGGUCUUCGAGCGUCGAAGAGGAAUCUUACUGUUUGGAAUUCAUGAGACGCAUCACAGAGGUGAGCUUUCAGUUGCCGAAAAUUCCUAUAGUCAACUGCAGCAGCGGCGAACCUGUAGAUGAUGUUUACGAAUUGGACUCUUCGGUUAUAUGGGAUUUCAGACAUGAUUUGUACAAUGUUUAUGAGAAGUACAUGAGGAUGUGCAGGAAUAAAAAGUAUUACCCGAAGCUGGAGGCUUGUGUGCAAUGCAUGAAGUUGCAGAGGAUUCAGAUGACCAAAGAUGUGGACAUUCUGUUCAAUAUUGUCGCGAAAGUUUUCGAGAAUGUCGUGACUGUUAACAAGAAGAUCUGCGAUGACCUCACAAACCGAUAUCUUAUCAAUAUUAAAUAA